GCCUUUAAUCCAGCCACGAAGAAGAAAGUGAGCCGGUUUACUUCCGCCACAACUGACAGUGCGUCAACAUGGAUGCGAUGCCUGAAGUUAGCUGGGAAUCUGGGUUUGCGGGCGAAAGCGGCGCCGUCAAGAUACAAGAGCGACUCCAGAAGCGGCACCAGGCGAGGGCGGAGGACGCCGAGCGGAGGAAGGAAGCCAAAGAGAGCAAGUCGGUCGCGGAGGAACAGGGCGAGUACUUCAGCAGCUCUUUCAACACGGAGCGGGCGUCCAUCGAGGAGCUGCUGUCCGGCUGCCCCGGAGCCGACCGGGCGGAGACGGCUCGACUGCUGGAGGAGGCGACGGCCCAAACCCUCCAGCUGCAGAAGUUCCUGAACGACAGCACGUUGUUCCUGACGCAGUACGAGCUGAGGAAAGCGCAGGCCGCCCUCCAGAAGCUCCUGUCCUCCCUCGCCGAGGCCAGAGAGGAGGCCCUGCCCAGGAAGAAGUUUGCCUUUCGUGCUCGCGCCAAAGCAACAGAUAAAGCCCCUGCAGCAGCUGCACCCCCACCUGAUGCCGCUGCACCUGCGGCUUCUGGUGGCGCCCAGGUGGAUGGAGCCGCAGAGUCCGAGCAGUGCAGCUUCUCCAACAUGGACAGUGUGUGUCUGACGAAGACUGCCGAGGAGAUCCAGAAGCGAGACGUGCUGAUGACUCACCUGACGAACUGCAAGGUCCGCCUGUACGGUUCCCCCAGCACGCUGCACCUGAAACACAUCGACAACUGUGAGAUCCUGUGUGGGCCCGUGUCCAGUUCCGUGUUCAUUGACCACUGCAGAAACAGUACUCUGGCCGUCCCGUGCCAGCAGCUGCGGACCCACCACACCACCGACACGAGGGUGUAUCUGCACAUCACCAGCCGGGCCAUCAUCGAGGACUGUCACGGGGUGAGCUUCGCCCCGUUCUCCUGGUCGUAUCCCACCCUGGAGAAGGACUUUGCUGUGUCUGGCUUAGACCAGGCCCGAAACAACUGGAGCCAGGUGGAUGACUUCAACUGGCUCGCUGCAGGAACUCAUUCCCCCAACUGGUCCGUCAUUCCAGAAGCGGACAGGAGAACCAACUGGGAACCCUAGAGUUGCAUCUCAAAACCUUGUCAAAGUAACAUGCAAAUAUAUUCACCUGCACCUCAGCACAGACGUUGCAUUCACUCUUUUGGCGAGGUUAAACUCUGCUUUGGGGUAUUGAAGGCUUAUAUUCUUCUGCUCACAUAUGACAAGCAAAAGCUUAAGAGAAAAAUGCAAAACUCUUAGGCAGUGAAAAGUCUUUACAAAGAACAAACUUCACUCCAACAUCUGAUUUAAAGAUGCAGGGUAUUUUGCAUUAUCUUUCUCAUUGACUGAAACUUUUCCAGUGUGUAAGAAUUCAAUGACUGACACAAAAACGUGAGUCUUGAAUGUUCCUAUCUAGAGCCAGUGUUUGGUUUGUGCAUUCUGGGCUACUGUAGAAACUAUAAAAGAUACAUUCCAACUGCAAAAUCUCGUACAUAAUACAACAAUUUAAAAAGACAGUUUAGUUUCUUACUACAUCAGACAAAGGGAAGCAGGAAUAUUUUUUUGCUUGAAAAAUGGGAAUAUAAUUCAUCCAUUAUAUUGAUAUUCUCAAAAGUCAGAUUUAGGUUGGGUUUUGGUUUAUGAGUACUCUUCUUUUUUUUUUCCCCUUCCUGCUGAUCCUGCCUCUCAGAAGUUAUGGUCAGAGGCUGAAUCUCCUCAUUAAAAACUAUUUAGUUCCAGCUCAAUGAAUGAACCAUUAGUGACUGUCAGGAACUAUUAGAAGACGGAAAUCUGAGUCAUUGAGGGUUACAAAGCACCUUUAAAUGUAAAAUAUCUUUUCUGUUUAAUGUUGCCAUGAUAUCAAAACCCCUAAAAUCUACAGCUAUAGAAUAAUACAUGGACUAUUCAAACCAUUUCAGCUCUAAAGUGCUCCCAGUGCUGCACAAUCACCUCCAUUACAGUGGAUCUCACUGAUGUGAAUGAAGAACAUAAUGAUCCCCAUGCUCUCAUAAUUUCCCUUCAUGCUGCUCCCCAGACCCUGAGUGCCACUUAUUUACAGAGAGCAACUAAAAAACGAAAUUUAAAGUAUUGAAAUUGAAAUGUUACGCAAAUAAAGAGGCUUCCUGCUCAAUAACAUGCG